GCCCGUUGUAAUGUCAAAAAACUGUAGUCUAUGCCUUCUAUUGAUUGGUCAACGGGAGAUGUAAAAAAUGGCUGCUUUGCCGUCUCCUACUCAGGUGGCAGGGACCCACAGUGCUAUAUACGAAGCAUAUUUUCAUCAAGUGGACCCAAAUGGCACGGGUGCGGUGCAGGCGCUGGACGCCGCCAGGUUCCUCAAGAAGUCCCGCCUCAGCGAUGUGGUGCUCAGCAAGAUCUGGGACCUCUCCGACCCCACUGGCAAGGGGUAUCUUGAUAAGGCGGGUCUGUUCGUGGCGCUGAAGCUGGUGGCGCUGGCGCAGGCGGGCCGCGACAUCAACAUGAGCAACAUACACGCCGACGCGCCGCCGCCCAAAGUUGGCGACCUGCCAAAGAUCCCGUCAGGGCCGCCGCCCGCGCGCCCCGCGGCCCCCUCCCCCGCGCCCGCCUCCGACUGGAGCAUCAAGCCGGCCGAGCGGGAGAAAUAUAGCCAGCUGUUUGAUGAACUGCAGCCGAAUAACGGCCUUAUUGCUGGGAACAAGGUGAAGGGCGUGCUGAUGGAGUCGAAGCUGCCGCUGGAGACGCUCGGCAAGAUCUGGGACCUCGCCGACCAGGACAAGGACGGCAUGCUCGAUAGACACGAGUUCCUUGUUGCGAUGCACCUAGUCUACAAAGCCCUGGAGAAGCACCACAUCCCCACCACUCUGCCGGCGGAGCUGCGCCGCGCCCCCCCGCGCCCCGCGUCCCCCCGCGCGCCGCCUGUGCCCGCCGCGCCUCUUAUUAGCAUGGCAUCAAAACCGGCGCCCCCUCCCCUCAUCCCCAUGUCGGCCGCGCGCCCCUCCCCCUCCCCACUGCCCCCCUCCUCCGCCCCCCUCCUCCCCUCCCUGGCUCAACCCACGUGGGUGGUCACCGCGGCAGAGAAGCGACAGUUCGACGCCAUGUUUGAAGUGGCUGAUGCGGAUAAGGAUGGGCUGGUCAGCGGGCUGGAGAUUAAGCAGACGCUGUUGGAGAGUGGGCUGCCGCAGGCCACGUUGGCGCAUAUUUGGGCGCUCUGCGACCAGGAAUCCGUGGGCAAGCUGACCCGCAACCAGUUCGCGCUGGCGAUGUGGCUGGUGCAGCGAGCCCGAGCCGGCGCCCCGCCGCCCGCCGCGCUCGCGCCUGAUAUGAUACCACCUAAGGAGACUAGCGAACCGAAACCCGUAGAACCCGUGAGCCUGGGCCCGCAGCCCACGCCGGAGCUGGAGGCCAUCGCUCGCGAGGUGGACCAGCUGGUCCGUGAGCGAGCCGCCCUGGAGCCCGAGCUGGCGGCGCGCGAGCGGGAGCUGGAGACGCAGGCCGCGCAGGAGGCCACUCUGCAGAGUGAACUGGACACACUGACGGCAACGUUAAAACAGUUAGAAAACCAAAAAGGGGAAGCGAAUAAACGAUUAGCCGACCUCAAGUCACAGGUAGACAAGCUCCGCUCUCAAGUGUCCGUACAAGAAGCGGCGGCAGCCGAAACAGAAGCCGAGGUGGAAGCGAGACGGGCGGCGGCGCAGAGCCUCAAGGAGAGAGAGAGACAGCUGCAGGACGAGGCGGCGGCGGCGGCGGCCGAGGCGGACGCGCUCACGCAGCGACUCAGCAGGAAUGUGCUCGCUAUUAGUCAGGCGAACAUAAAGAUCACCCACCUCGAGGAGCAACUGGACACAAUAUCGGCGGCGGCGGCUUCGCUGGCGGAGGGGGCGCCCUCUCGCGCCGUGCUGGACCUGCGGCCCGCCUUCAGCCGCGCGCACCUGCAGCGGCUGCUGCGCGGCGCCACGCCCAGCGACCAGCUGGAGGAUUCGUUCGAGUCGCGCAACGAGUUCGGCGCGAUGAACGGGUCCGGGUUCGACUCCGAGCCGUUCCCGAGCGCCGCGCCCGCACACGACCCCUUCGCGCCCAGCCACGCCAGCCAAUCACAGGACGGCUUCGGUUCGGACCCGUUCUCGCGCGGGUUCCCUUCAGACGGCGCCGACCCCUUCGCCGGCGACGCCUUCGCGGCACAGCCCGCCGCCAGCGGAAAUGAACAGAGCGGCGAAUGGGAAGAAGACCCGUUCGCGGUGCUUCACGCGCCCACUCGCGCGUCGCCCACGCCCGCGCUGCCGCCCAAGAAGCACAAGGUGCCGCCCCCGCGCCCCGCGCCGCCCCGCCCCGCGCCCCCGCACAAGACCGACAGCGCGCUCGACUUCACGGAAGACCCCUUCAAGGACUACAGGUAUGAGGACCCCUUCAACAUCGCGGACCCCUUCGCUGAUGUCACCGACGCCAAGGCGGACCCCUUCGCGAGGCCUACAUCUGUUGCUGGCUUCGAGACUAACGACUUCUUCGGCCUGAACGGAAACGGAUCGGCUAAGCCGAGCGGCCGCGUGUCCGCCCCGCCCUUGCCUUAUGACCCCUUCUCCAACUCAACUUCAACAUACAAGCCUUCACUAGCUUCUGUCUCAAACAAUAACAACGACUCCUGGUCUGCUUGGCCCAACGACAGCUGGGCGACAGACGACGCGUGGGACAAGCCGACCAACAAAACCACGAAUAACACCUCGAAACCCGACGCGUGGUCAACGACUACCCAGAACAAGACGGACAACUGGGGCAGCUCCGACAACUGGGCGACAGACUGGUCCAACACAGACAACAACAAAAACUUAAACGAGACGUGGCCGUCUAAUACGUUACCCAACAAAAAAGAGAAGUCGCCUAAGCCAGUCAAGUACGCCAAAUCACUAGUGCACACAAUAGGCGGCAUCGGCCGGACGAAGCAUAAUAAGAAAGAGAAGGAGAAAGAUAAGACCAAGACUUCGGCUUCAGGGUCGGAGCUUCCCACAGAAGAGCACCAGAUGGCGUGGGCGGCAGCCGAGUCCAAGCGCCUUCAGGCCGAGGCCGAGGACCGGCGGCGGCGCGAGGACGCUGAGCUACAGCUGGCGCUAGCCAUCUCUAGGCAGGAGAAGUGAGGCCAACAGCUGAUUAGUCGCGUCCACGCUUGGUUAAAUAUAGCAUGAGGCUAUGACGGUUGAUUAACAG